AGCUAGCAUAUACCACCAUAUAAAAAAUUUCCUUUUAAAACACCCUUCAAAUCAAGUUGUGACAAUUUGUAUUUUUAGCCCAAAGAGAGAUGGCGACCAAUGUUUUUGGCAAUCCCAUCACGGAUAAAACUUUGAAGGCACUGCCUGAGUAUGCAAGCAAGGCUGUAAUAACCAGCGAAGACAGGGCACAAGUUGCUCUGAAUUUGAAAGAUAAAAACGCUGCCAAGUUUGCGGAGGAAUUGGCUCGCAUACAGUUUCCUGAAGAUGUGAGAGUAUUGGGCACUAUUUACAAUGCAACCGGACACACCUUAACAUUUGCUUACGAUCACGAUUGGUCUGGCCACGUUGAUCGCAAAUAUUCAUACCCUCCAAAGAUUGAAAAUGGGCAGUUGGGAGCGUUUUUGCAUAUUGGAGAUUGUCCAAUUAAUGUAAUUGGUGGGCAGAAAGCAUCAAUUGCUGCUGCUGUGUAUCAUGCAAAUAACGGGUGGAAAAGUAGUAAGUGGGUUUUUGCAUGGCUCAACGAAUGGUCAUCGGAGAAGAUCAUUCAUAAUAAGAACAAGGUCUUUACCAAGUUCGAAGAACCUCAAACGGUUGAAAACUGGGAAGCUAUCCUAGAAAAACUGAAAAAUUCCCAUCAGAACCCAGCUGAAAGCACUGCCUAUGGAUUCAAAGCAACUGUUUUAAUUGGCAGUGGCAAUACCCCAACAUUGAAUGCAACAAUUACUUUGGCACCGUGAUCCAUAUAUAUUGAUCGAAUUUCAAUAUAUAAAUUGUAAGAAUAAGGGUGUCAGAUGGUCAUCCAUAGUGUGAAUUUACAUUUUCAGAAUGAUUUCAAGGUUCACCCUAUACUGAUAUAGGCUUACUUUAUCAUAUGAUGUACUUUGAAGAAUAAAAUAUAUCAAUAAAUAAUAGUAUUGUGUGUCAUAAAAUAAUAAAUAAAGCUCAGAGAUAGUUAUCUCUAGAGUGUGUUUGAUUUCCUGUCAUAAAUAA